AUAGUAGACAAGACUGCAAUAUGUCUGUAUCUGUGCAGGAUGGUAGCAGUGAAUGUGUAAUAUGUCUGUUAUCUGUGCAGGAUGGUAGCAGGAGAUGUAUAAUAUGUCUGUUAUCUGUGCAGGAUGCGCCCAGAGGUAGCAGCGGUGGAGAAAACGGAGGUUACAACCAGCUGUUGUGACAUCUGGGCCGUGGCAUCACCUCCAUAGAACUGGCCGAGCUGCAGCCUCCUAUGUUUGACCUGCACCCAAUGAGGGCCUUGUUUCUCAUGUCAAAGAGCAGCUUUCAGCCUCCCAAGCUAAAAGACAAAACAAAAUGGACCACAGCCUUCCAUAACUUUGUUAAAGUCUCGCUGACCAAGAACCCGAAGAAGAGACCGACAGCUGAGAAGCUGUUAACGCAUUUGUUUGUAGGUCAGACAGGGCUGACCAGGAAAGUAGCUGUGGAGCUGUUGGACAAGAUGAACAACCCAGAUAACCACCAACACUUCUCUGAAGUGGACGACGAUGACCUGGAGCUGUUAGCGAUGAUGCUAAUGUAA